CAUGUCUAUGUCAACGCCCCCUCCCUCAUAUAUCACUCCACCCAGGAAGCAAUAGCUUCCUUCAUCUCUCACAUCCACUUCAUCCAUGCACCAUGUCACGCACUUGACACUACAUACACACUUAAAAUCACAUAUAUACGUAUAUACACACACACACACACACACAUAUAUAUAUAUAUAUAUAUGUAUAUACACAAACAAACAAACAAACAGCACUGACACGCGGCGCCACAGGGCAUUCACACAACUCGCCGCCGACCGGCAGUUUGCGCACCUGGGGCUGAUGCUGCUCGGGAUUCUAGCACAGAUCGACGCGGCGGCGGCGCUGUUUGCGCCCGAACCGCCAUCACCAGAUACUUCCCUAUCUUCUCCCUCUCACUCUCAGAGAGCCGCGGCGGCCGCUACAGUGCAGCCUAUCCCUGCAGCAGCAACGACGGCAACUGGCUCGACCGGCACGGGGAUGGUGCACGGCCACGACACGGGGGAGGUCGUGUCUCGCGACGCCGUCAUGGCCAUGCUACUAGGCGCAGUACCAGCAGAAACACGACCACGGUCGCCGCCAUCACAACCCAACACGACGCUACUGUCCCGUUUGCCGCCUGCCGGGCAGCCAAAUGACGACGAUGACGACGAGCCUAGCAAUACCGCUGCCUUGAUUGCUGCCGCUAGUGGCAUUAACGGUAGUAGUAGCAAAGGCGUGGACAGCAAGAGGAAGAGGAAGAAGAAGGAUCCUAAAAGAGUAGGCGACGACGAGUUUGAUGACAUCUUCGGCCAGCUCGAGCCGAGUAAGCAGCCAAAGGAGCGAGCGAAGAAGAAGCGAAAGAAAGGGAGCGACGAGUUCGACGACAUAUUCGGCUCCUUAUAGAUAAUUAUAGAUAGACAGCAAAAACAGUGUGAAUAAAAAAUAAGAUAAAUAGACAGUUAAAGUAAAAAUAAAAAUAACAGUGAACCCCCCGCCCCUUUAUCCUUUCAUAGCAAUUGCCCCCUUCCAAAGCCAUUAAACCCCAGCCAAGUCUUGCUCUCUGUUCUCGAGAAAGAAAGAAAGAGAAAAAGAACCGCCUCAAGCAAAACGAGAGCACACUUCUUAUCGAUUUGACUAAAUCAUGUCUGAUUAAGAAGCGACCUACGUGUAAUCAUUCCAAAAGCUCAUACUCCCUACCGGGCCAACGAAAAUCGACCGUGACGACAAGGACAACCAAACACGGAGCACAAAACCUAAUGAAAAUAUGAAUCCCAGCCCACAGAAUUUCUAUCCAAUCAUCUGCCUACGCUGCAAAUUAAUUCUGUCUGCUAAUCCUUCUUGCCCCAACUUU